AUGGAGGAGGAAACCUCAAUAAACUUCAAAGCAUUGAGAGCCAGGUUUCAGGAGGAAGCUCGGUUGGCUGAGUCCAAAGCCAACCGACCAGCUGUAGCUGGAAAACCAAAGUAUCUCCCUCCUCCUGGGGGUCACUGCAGCUCUGUGAUCAGCAGUAUCCACAUGGCUGCUGGCUCUGAACACGGCGAUGAGCCUACAUACGCUGAUUUAACUAGCCGACCAGCUAGUGCACCUGGAGAGCUGCCUUCUGAGAAGCCGCACACAGAUGACCAGGCCUCGCUCCAGGGCAGAGAGAAGACGAGCGAGUGCACCCUCUCCAGUCCGGACAUCACCAUUAGCCCCACGUCUGCAGAGGGCCACACUGAUGCAGACUGCAGACUCUUCAGCUCCUUGGAGAAGGCCAAGAAGAAGUUUUCCUGUCGACAGAUGAUAUCCCUCAAACCAAAGAACAGCUCACCAGGCAAAGCUUCGCCCCCAAAGAGCACCCUCAGCACUGAUUUACCCACACCCCCACCCUUCCCUGUCCCACUGAACCUCCCCAACUUCAUCUACAUCUCAGCCAGACCAUUCAGUAAAGGCAUCACAACAUUCAAGUCACCUUUAGAAAAGCACUUUGGGAAGGAUAAAUCGAAUCGGCCUUUUGUCAGAAUUGGUGACCCCCGUCCUCCAUCUCCCCAAAAGAAGCCUUUGCCUGAAAACUGGACUCUGGGGCCUGCGCCUCCAAAGCCCUGCAGACCUCCGAGGGUGGACCUCAGCAGCUACAAGUCUAACACGAGCCGUGAUGUGUCAUUGGACCUGGCAGCGCUGCACCAACAUGAUUCAGAAAGCACGACUUCAGUCCCGAUUCUAGAUAUCCCAGAGAUUCCCGAUUUCGAAAGCUCUGAGAUCGAAGCGGCCGAGGAGAGUGUGGACAUUGCCGUUAUAGACCUGGACACUUUGGACCUGCCUGUCCCUAAAGCCCCUGGUCCCUCGGCCUCUGGAGAGUGCUCUGAUCUUACGCAGAGCUCUGAACACCAGGACCUAGAUCUUGGUCAUGAAGUUGUAAAUCCCCCAGCCAGCUUUCCUGAACCAAUAAACCUGAGCGAGUUCCCAGAACCAGUGGAGCAAUGGAGUCAGAACGAGGAGUCCAUCAGAGAGCCUCCGUCCUGCACCGAAGAAGCGGCCGACUCCAGCUCCAUUCCAGAGGACCAGGGCGAGCACGGAAGUAACUUUGAAUUUGGCAUAUAUCAGCAGGAAAUGUAUGAGACUACAUGUGAUAAUGUCUAUGAAGAUGUAGAAAACGUCAGCAAAGUUUUGCCUCAUCAAAACUCCCGUAAAUGGAAAGGACUGAAAAAUCCCUAUGCGGACAGCAACAAUGUGAAGGAGGAGUCGGGUUGCAGCUCGAGGCAGAGAAAUCCACGGAACAUUGGAGAGUCUGGUUAUUUGUCCCACAGUCAAAUCAACAGUAAAGAAUGUCAAAGUCCGAAAGAACAAAAGAAACGUGAAAAACAGCGCCUCGAAAAAGAGAAGAAGGAACAGAAAGAGCGAGAGAAGAAAGAAAAUGAAAUGAAAAAGAAAUUCAAAGUCACAGGUUUGGAGGAGCCCAUGUACCACGCCAAAGUAACAGUCGCGAGUAAAGUCCGUAAACGAGACCUCCCUGUUAAAAGUGGGGACACGGUCAGCAUCAUUCGCACCACCAACUGCCCCAAGGGGAAAUGGCUGGCACGCGACGCAGAUCACAAAUAUGGUUAUAUUUCUGUCAUGAACGUGGAGCUAAAUAUCAAAGAGAUGCUCGAGCUGGGGAAGAAGGCGCAGGCGGCUGGAAGAGGAGGCAACAUGGAGGCCGACACCAUCAGUAUUGGCUCUUCAAGUCACCCGGUCCUGACAAGCAGCUGUGAGUUUACAGACGAUAGUGAGGAGUGGGCCUGCGAAGACGAAACCCUGUCUCCCGUCAACGACAGCCCGAGCUUUCCGCAUCAGUCAAGCAGAGUCCCAGAGAUGUCGAGCCUCCACGAUGGCACGCAGCAGCAGCACACCCUGAGUGAUGCCAACCUGGAGGACCUACACACCCAGACGAGACACGAGGCGCUGCAGAAAUUGGCCAUUUUCUUUCAGCACAACAAAGAACCCGAAGAGAACGGAGUGGCAACUGCUACAAGCUUGGAGACGCCUAACCUGUGUGAUGUUGAGGAGCUUCCAGUUCCAGAACAAGAGAUGGACUUCACAGAGUUGGAGUUUCUUCCGCCGCCGCCGCUGUACGCAGACUUCUUCUGA